CAGUUUGGCGACCAAUUGGCGGCCAAUGGCUGCGACUCGGAGGCCAAGAGGGCGGAGGUGUUGACACAACUCAAGACAGAGUUCGACCGCCGAAGCCGUUUGGACGCGGAGGCCGUGAAACGGAUUCGUGUGAUUCAAGCGGAUUACACGCCCAGACAUCCGGAGGUCUACCACUUGGACGACAAGUAUCUGCGGAAUCAGUUCCGAGAUGUAGUCGAUCGGUGCAAAAGAGGCGAUACGUUGUCUCAAGUGUUGCCAUUCGUUGAUGUGAUCGACGCCCAGAAGAGGGUCUAUAAGUUGGAGGUCUUCACCGAAGAGUUUUGCCGUAAACUCGUCGAAGAAGUGGAUCACUUCAACGCCUCGUCGGUGCCAAAGGGCAGACCAAAUACGAUGAAUAAUUACGGUAUACUUCUGAACGAAUUGGGUUUCGACGACCACUUCCUGACCCCACUUCGCGAGCACUACUUGAAUCCGAUGGCCAGAGUGUUGUUCCCGGAUUGGGUGGGCGGGGGAGCGGGAGGGCUGGACUCGCACCGGGCGUUUACCAUCAAAUACUCGGCGUCGGCCGACGCCGAGCUGUUCACCCACUUUGACAACUCGGAGGUGACGCUAAACGUGUGUUUAGGCAAAGAGUUCGCCGGAAGUGAAGUGUAUUUCGCGAACUUCCGGACCGAACGGCGCGUCAGUGCGGCUGAGGCGGCGGUGACGGCCGUCGAGCACCGGCCGGGCGUCGGACUCAUCCAUUUGGGGCAACAAAUGCACGGAACGCUUCCCGUGAGUGACGGCGAGCGCCAGAAUCUGGUGGUGUGGAUGCGGUCAUCGGCGGUGCGCAACCGGUUGUGUCCGAUGUGUGACUUAAAGCCAGAGCCCAUACCCGCCAUCGGCUUUGGGGAUGGCUUUACGGUCGACGCCAAUGAAAGUUAA